CCACUCCCUCACCUCCAAGCUGGGUUUGCACUAUAUAUACAGUAUCUGCCUUUCUAUCUCUAAUCCGCCUCAUUCGCAGCACCCAGCUGCUGUUUGUCUCACUGUUCUACUACAGACGCUGUCAGUCUGCGAGCCAUGGCUGUAUUUACAAUAUGAGGAGCUUGAGAUGAGAGGCUGGACGCUCAGAAGUGAGGGAAACUCAAAUGGCUGGGCUCUACAGACAGUUUAACCUGCUGUAAUAAAGAAGCAACAGAAUCGGAAAACAAUAGAAUGGAGGAAACACCUCAGAAACCUGCAAAAGCAGAACCAAGCCCCACACACAGUCCAGCAUCCAGCCCAGUUCCCAGUAGAGCACCCAGUCCAGUUCCCAGCCCUCUGCUGGAACGAAUUGCUCUUCCUACCCCGAAUCAUGUAGAGCAUCUAAAUAUAGGCCAGGUCCAGGUGGUGGUGCGCCGCUGCUCGACUCCUAACCUAACAGAGGAGACCACCUAUUUUAUUCCACGCAACCCUGUGGUGGACGCUGGCACUAACACGGACCCGCCAGUGGUCUGUUGUCCGCUGCUCCGCAGAAUUUGCCCUUGUCCGCCACGAGGGGUCCCCGCUUCUAUUAUUACCAAAGUUCUUUUGGCAGCUGUGUUCUUUGGCGUAGUUUGGUCCAUCACUGAGGACGAAUGUCGUCCAGGAGGGAACCUGUUUGGCAUCACCGUACUCUUCAUCUGUGCGCUUAUUGGUGGCAAAGUAGUUGCCCUCAUCCGUCUGCCUAAACUUCCACCUUUUCCACCACUUCUUGGUAUGCUGCUGAUGGGCUUCCUGCUGAGGAACAUCCCAGUUGUAACAGAUGGGGUUUACAUAAACGUCAGGUGGUCAUCUUCCCUGAGAAACAUUGCUCUGGCUGUCAUCCUGGCCAGAGCCGGCCUGGGGUUGGAUCCCAAGGCUCUGAGGAAACUCAAAUCCGUUUGUGUUCGCGUAGCAGCGGGACCCUGCUUGAUCGAGGCCUCAACUACAGCUCUCAUUUCUCACUUCCUCAUGCACUUGCCUUGGGCCUGGGGCUUCAUUCUUGGCUUUGUUCUGGGUGCAGUGUCUCCUGCUGUGGUGGUGCCCUCCAUGCUCCUGCUGCAGAAGGAAGGAUACGGCGUGGAACAGGGCAUCCCCACCCUGCUGAUGGCUGCUGGAAGCUUUGACGACAUUCUCGCCAUUACAGGCUUUACCACAUGCCUGGGCAUGGCCUUCGCCACAGAUUCCGCUUGGUAUAACCUGCUGCGAGGUGUCCUAGAGGUUGUAGGAGGGAUGGUUGCUGGGAUCCUCCUUGGCUUCCUUAUUCAGUACUUUCCAAGUGUUGACCAGAAGCACCUAGUGAUGAAGCGUUCCUUCCUGGUUCUGGGUUUGUCCGUCUUUGCUGUGUUUGGCAGUGGAGUGGUGGGCUUUCCAGGCUCGGGGGGUCUCUGUACCCUAGUGUUAGCAUUCCUGGCUGGCCUUGGCUGGGGAGCAGAGAAGGCCCGUGUGGAGGAAGUGGUUGGGUGGGCGUGGGACGUGUUUCAGCCCCUGCUGUUCGGACUGAUAGGAGCCGAGAUUCGAGUCUCUGAGCUGGAGGGGCAUGCAGUUGGUCUGGGUAUAGCCUCCCUGCUCAUCGCUCUCCUGGUUAGAGUGCUCUUCACCUAUGUGUGUGUGUUAGGUGCGGGUUUCAAUGUCAAGGAAAAAAUCUUCAUAGCUCUUGCAUGGAUGCCUAAAGCAACAGUUCAGGCAGCAAUAGGCUCCAAGGCUUUAGACAUUGCCAGGAAUGGGAAUGACAAGGAGCUACAGAAGUACGGCAUGGAUGUGCUAACUGUUGCCGUGCUGUCCAUCCUCCUCACAGCUCCUGUAGGUGCUCUGAUUAUCGGACUCUGUGGGCCUCGCCUCCUGCAGAAACCAAAAACCUCGGCCUGUGGUGAGCGAGUCAAACCCAAUUUAUCGACAUUUUUCUUAGGUACUGCAGCAGGAGCUGAAGAGAACACUGAAACUCCCGUCACCUUUGAGAGUACACUCUGACAUCCUGAUCUAAUAAACAAGACUCAAACCUCAGUUGUCUCAGCUGUUCUUCAGCCACUGAGUGGCUCAGCUGCUGACCAGUCUGUAUUUAUAGCAGCAGGUGGUUUCCAGGCCUCCAGCUGUGUGUGCGCUGUCAUGCUGUAUGAACUUUACACUACAGCUACUGCUGUGUCUUGCUUACAAUGAACAUUUAUUUUGGUCGACUUUUUUAACAUAAGGACAUUUUUAUAAAGAAGUUUUUUUUUCAUGACAUUUGAAAAAUUCAGUGAUACUUUUUUUUUUUUUUGCAAAUUCAGUUUGCGUUUGGUAUUAUGUUCUUUUAGGAGCUACAUGGGAUUAAAUAUAUCGUUAUAGAAAUAAUGUUUGGAUUAGCAGUCCAGAAUCAAUGUUUUUAGUUAUAUCGCAUUAAUUUUGAUGAUUUUUGAUGUUUUCGUAUGAUUGUUAAUAGCUGUUUUUUUUUAUUAUUAUUUAGUUUACAAA